AUGUCGAGUCUGGCCACUGAGUUCAAAAAAGCCUGGCCUGUACACACAGACCUGAACAAGGAGGUCGUGCAAGCUGUUCGCCUAGUUCUUUGCGCUGAGCAAGUCGGCGGUUCGAUAGUGCUAGCAAGCCUCCCACGAUCAUGCAUAUUCUACUUCCUCGAACUCUGUCAGUUGCUGAUCACACCUGACGAUGAUGGUGCCAACAUCAAGGUCUGA